CCCAUGACGCCACUGUCUUCGGAUAAAGAAAGACGCCAUUUUGUUUUUAGCGGUGAGGAGGAGAACCGGAAAAAAUUGUAGCGAAACUGCACCAAAAGAUCCGCCACCAUGGGGAAUAUGUUUGCAGGCCUCUUUAAGAAUCUCUUUGGGAAGAAAGAGAUGAGAAUUCUGAUGGUGGGCUUGGAUGCUGCUGGAAAAACCACCAUCCUGUACAAACUGAAACUGGGAGAAAUAGUCACCACCAUCCCCACUAUCGGUUUUAAUGUUGAGACGGUAGAGUAUAAGAACAUCAGCUUCACUGUGUGGGAUGUGGGUGGUCAGGAUAAGAUCCGGCCGCUUUGGAGGCACUAUUUCCAGAACACACAAGGCCUGAUUUUUGUUGUGGACAGUAACGAUAGGGAGCGAGUGAAUGAGGCGAGGGAGGAGUUGACGAGGAUGCUGGCGGAGGACGAGUUGAGAGAUGCCGUGCUGCUCGUCUUUGCCAACAAGCAGGAUCUGCCCAACGCGAUGAACGCAGCCGAGAUCACAGAUAAGCUGGGCCUUCAUUCCCUGCGUCAUCGUAACUGGUACAUCCAGGCCACCUGCGCCACCAGUGGGGAUGGCCUGUACGAAGGGCUCGACUGGCUCUCCAACCAGCUCAAAAACGCUAAAUGAUCAAUUCCACCCUCUCCUCUUCUGUCAGCGCUGUGUGUGUAUGAAUGUGUGUGAAGGGUGACAGCACUGGUUUCAGUCUUGCCUGGUUGCCCAGUUUAUCUAUUUCUUUCUCUUGUUCAGUCUUGUAUACAUCAGAGACUCUGACCAGUGCUGUCUAUAAUGCACAUGCAAGAGUGUGUGUGUGUACGUGUAUGUGUGUGUGAACUGAGGGUGGGAGUAGCCUUGCUGUGCCUUUCAAAAUAGACACUCAGUGUACAGCACGGUUCUCUCUUUCUCUCUCCUCUCCCCGUGGUUUUCUGCACGCAAAGAAUGACCCAGGAUGUUAAAUAUUUGUUACCUAAUACACUGAAACCAGACUAUAGGCCUGAUUUGUCCCUUUCCCAAUGUUUAAAGCAAUCACGCAUGUCUAAAAUGUUGCAAGGUGUGAGUUGCCAUCCUUUGACCCCACAUUUGAUAAAACUCAUUGUAACCUGCAUCAGGUUGGGAAAAAAGAAGGAAAAAAAUCAGACAAUAAAGUGACAUUUCUUGUCCAUCCAUUCUUCUUCGCGUUAUUUGAAAAUCAUGCUAAUGCUUUUAGGUAUGUCACAUGAUGCUUUCCAUGUGAACACCAGCUCUCUUUCCCUACUUCAGUCCUCAGUCAAGCGCAUUCAAGCACAAGCCUGUGAAACCUUUCGUUUACACAAAGUCAGUUUGUAGAAUGUCUUAAACUAUUGCCUGUGGGGAAGAAAUCAUUUGACCCUGAGUGUCUGCUUUUUUUUUUUGGGAUCUUGCUGAUCAUCCAAGCAGAUCCCAGGCACUAACUAACAGCCUUACAUGUGUUUUGAUUGCCAUGUAAGAGGCGACUGCAGAAGUGAUGAGUGUUCGUGGGAGUAUGGAGGGAGUGAGCGCCUUCUGCUGGAGCAGCGAGGCCUUUUGCGAGAUGCUCCCACUCCAGUGAUUCUUCUUUUAGCUCUUUUUCUUUUAUUGUUGUGAUUAUAUUUUUUUC